GCUAUCUCGACAGUCUGACAUCCUUCCAAUGGCGAGAUAAUGGCGAAAAUGGGGCCGCUAUUCAAGGCAAUGAAAAGAGGUGCUGCAUUUGUCGGUUAGCGUUAAAGUUUGCCGAUGGUCGAUAGCGACGGACAGUUUGAUGAUCAGAGGGAAAAGCGACAGAGAACGGUUCAGGUGGCGGCUUCAAGGAGACUGCUGUGAUGCUACGUAGGCAACUGGAAGAAAAGGGCUUUUCUACCAUGAGAGAGUGUGUGUGAGCCCGGUUUUCUGGAGACACGGGAGCCCUGCGAUCCGUUGUUUUGUUGUAUUAGUUUAAUUAUUUUUUAAAUUUUGUUUUAUCGGUUUGCUUUUCAUCGUUUAGGAUACAGUGAGGAUACACAGCGAGCUGGUGAAGUUUUGGGGAAUGGCAGGUCGAAGCCGAAGAGCAUGGUUUAGUGUUCUGCUGGGACUGGUUGUCGGGUUCACCCUGGCUUCCAGACUCAUUUUACCCAAAGCGACCGAGUUGAAGAAAGCUGGACACAAACGAAAAGCAAACCCUGCCGGCUGUGGGUUGAACGGGGGACUUCACACGGAAUACGGCGGAGUGUUAUGGCCACCGCAAGAUAACGGUUCACCGGUGACCGAGAAACCUGGCUCCAGGUCCAACAAUUUCCUGUUCGUUGGUGUCAUGACUGCCCAGAAGUACCUGAACAGCCGAGCCGUGGCGGCAUAUAGGACCUGGGCACAGACAGUUCCUGGUCAUGUGGAGUUCUUCUCCAGUGAGGGCUCUGACACCUCCAUACCCAUUCCCAUAGUGGCUCUGAGGAAUGUGGAUGACUCGUACCCACCCCAGAAGAAGUCCUUCAUGAUGCUCAAGUACAUGCACGACCAUUAUCUGGACAGGUACGAGUGGUUCAUGAGGGCAGAUGACGAUGUCUACAUUAAGAGUGAGAAACUGGAGAGCUUCCUGCGCAGCCUCAACAGUAGCGAGGCCAUCUUCCUCGGCCAAACAGGCAUGGGGGCCCGGGACGAGCUGGGGAAACUGGCCCUGGAGCCUGGGGAGAAUUUCUGCAUGGGGGGUCCAGGGGUCAUCAUGAGCCGCGAGGUCCUCAGAAGGAUGGUACCCCACAUCCGAGAGUGUCUACAGGAGAUGUACACUACCCAUGAAGAUGUGGAGGUGGGCCGGUGUGUCAGGAGGUUUGCUGGGGUCCAGUGUGUGUGGUCCUACGAGAUGCAACAGCUCUUCUAUGAGAACUAUGAACCAAAUAAGAAGGGCUACAUAAGAGAUCUCCAUAACAGCAAGAUCCAUCGAGCCAUCACCCUCCACCCCAACAAGAACCCUCCCUACCAGUAUCGCCUUCACAGCUACAUGCUCAGCCGCAAGAUCGCAGACCUGCGCCACAGAACCAUUGAGCUACACCGGGAGAUCGUCCAGAUGGGACGCUACGGAGCGGCUGAGCCCAGCCGAGACGACCUCCAGCUCGGCAUGCCGCCCUCUUUUAUGCGCUUCCAUCCACGACAGAGGGAGGAGGUUCUGGAGUGGGAGUUCCUGACAGGGAAGUACCUGUUCUCAUCAUCGGACGGUCAGCCGCCACGCCGUGGGAUGGAUUCCUCCCAGAGGCAAGCCCUGGAUGACAUCAUCAUGCAAGUGAUGGAGAUGAUCAAUGCCAAUGCCAAGACGCGGGGCCGGGUCAUCGAUUUCAAAGAAAUCCAGUAUGGCUACCGGAGGGUCAAUCCUUUGUACGGGGCAGAGUAUGUGCUGGAUCUGCUACUGCUGUACAAGAAGCACAAAGGAAAGACCAUGACGGUUCCUGUGAGGAGGCACGCCUACCUGCAGCAGACCUUCAGCCAGAUCCAGUUCAGAGAGGAGGAGGAGAUGGAUGCCAGAGCUCUGGCCAGCCACAUUAACAAGGAGUCAGACUCUCUCUCAUUCCUGUCCAACUCCCUCAAGAUGCUGGUGCCCUUUAAGUUGGCCACUUCCGGCCAAGACCAGAGGGAACCAAAGGAGAAGAAAGUCAACAUCCUGGUGCCUCUGUCGGGACGUUAUGACAUCUUCGUGCGCUUCAUGGCCAACUUUGAACGAGUUUGUCUGAUCCCCAACCAGAACGUCAAGCUGCUGAUCUUGCUCUUCAGCACAGACAACAACACAGAGCGGGUCAAGCAGGUGGAGCUCAUGAGGGAGUAUCACAUGAAGUAUCCCCGGGCCGAGAUGGAGAUAAAACCCGUAGCCGGCUCCUUCUCCAGGGCUCUGGCUUUGGAAGUGGGCUCCUUGCAUUUCUCUAAUGAUUCCCUGCUCUUCUACUGUGACGUGGAUCUGCUCUUCACCAGCGAUUUCCUCAAGCGAUGUCGGACCAACACCGCCCUGGGGGAGCAGACCUACUUCCCCAUCAUCUUCAGCCAGUAUGACCCUAAGGUGGUGUAUGCUGGGAAAGUCCCCAGCAACAAUCACUACGUCUUCACCUCCAAGACAGGCUUGUGGAGAAACUACGGCUUUGGGAUCGUUUGUGUCUACAAGGGAGACUUGGUCCAAGCAGGAGGCUUUGAUACCUCCAUACAGGGGUGGGGAUUGGAGGACGUGGACCUUUUUAAUAAAUUUGUCCAGUCAGGGAUUAAGUUGUUCAGAAGUACAGACACGGGGAUAGUACACGUUCACCACCCGGUCAUAUGUGAUCCCAACCUGGAGGCAAAGCAAUAUAAGAUGUGCCUGGGCUCCAAAGCCUCAUCGCACGGCUCCACCCAGCAGCUGGCCGAGCUCUGGCUGGAGAAGAACGACCUCAGCUUCAGGAGACUGGCCAGCAAUAACGGCUCAGUUAGGACAGUGUGAAAAAAGCCGGGCUGCAGACAGUUAGUCAUAAACUGAUCCUGAACCUUCUCUGUGCUCAUUUCCUCCUCUUAGUGGUGUUUUCACUACCUAAUUUAUUUUUUACUGAAAUGAAAGACUUCACAUGGAUAUCUUUUGAAAACAUGUUUUUUUUUUUUGUUGUUGUUGUUUUUUAAAGAAAAUAUACAGAAACGCCACAAUGAACAAUUCUCGGGCCCCUGUAUGGAAUCACAUUUUGAUUCAUGAUAGAAUGAAUAUUAACCAAUGUUGGGGGCCAGAGGCUCCUCCAGCCUGUUACAUGUUAUCUGUCAGGGCGGUGAGAGGAGAGGAGGGGAGGGCCGGGAUAAUGAACAUGUACCUCAGUGAAGUACGCUGCCACGGCCCUUAAAUAUUCCAUUUGUCUUGUUUGCAGAGAACAGAUGAACUCUUCCGUGUGCUCUCAGACCAGCAGUGCUCGAAACAUAACCCAACUCUUGAUUGUGAAUGUUUACAAAAGACUGAUUCAAAACAUUUUAUCAAUGAAAACUCAAAUUACAACUGUAAGUGACUAGUACUAAGGGCCAUUUAAAUUCAUUCCCAUGAUUGACAGUGGUUUUCUUCCCCUUUUGCUUUUAUGGUUUUGGUAAUAAAACAAAACACUGUUACUGUUUGUCCAGGAUUUUUUUUUUUUUUUUUUUGUAUUUUUCUUUAUUAUUAAUUUCUGUGAACCCAACUGCUGGAUUUGAUAUCUGCAAUUCAUCUUUUGCUGUCUAAUUUAUUGAAUUUGCAGGCUCCAUUUUCUACUCUCUGACUGUUUAAAUAUGUAUAUUGGAAAGAUUGUAUAACCAUGUCAGUUGUGGGAUAGUUUUGUUCAUGUUCCUUUUCUUAAACUCAUUAUCACCAAAGAGUUUUGCACAGUCUGCUUUAGGUAUCAUGUUGCCUGUAUGUGUGUGUGUGCGUGCGUGUGUGCAUGCGUGCGCGUGUGUGUGUGUGUGCGCGUAUGUGUGUGUGUGUGUGUGUGUGUGUGUGUGUGUGUGUGUGUGUGUGUGUGUGUGUGUGUGUGUGUGUGUGUGUGUGUGGGAGGCUGGGUGGUGUUUUGCAGGCACAAACAUGAAACUGGCUGUAUAAUGGAGAGCAAACACAAAAGCUCUAUCUAUCCCAGGCCUCUCUGAGGUUGUGAUGGGUGAAGUGGGAACCAGUCUGGCCUUUAUUCCAGUGGGUUGAAAUGGGAGCAGUGCUCUGGUUGGCCAGCUCAAGGCACACAUUGCUGUCUCUUUCUAUAAAUGACUUUCUUUUGAAAUAAAAAGUGUUGUGGCUGGUCCCAGUCUACAAAGGUGUGGCUUUAGUGCUGAUUCCAUUGAGCUGUGAUAUGAAAACCCACAUUGUCUGGUGCUGUGUUACAGGUUUGAGGGCAGAACAUUUCCUCAUAGCAGGCCUGAAUCACUGUCCCGUUCCUGCCCGUGUUGCUUACUGGCAGGUACUGUACAUUGUAGCACUCCAUCGGAUUAAUGCUCCACUUUCAGCAUUAAAAGAAUGGCUGAUUUUUAAGACUGAUAUAACAAGAUGAAUGACUGUGCUGUCAUCAUAGUUUGUUUGUUUUUUUUUCUUUGACUUUCUUUUGUAAUUUUUGUUCUUUCAACUCUGUCCAACCGGACAAUGU